AUUCGUUUCAAUGCAUAUUGUCAGCCACCAUGAUGUCGGUGAUUGUACCUUUUUGUAUCCCGUACAGCGAAAGGUUGUAAACUUUUCAUAAACGCGUCUGAAUAAACUGUGCGCACAAUAGACAUAAUGAUAUGCUAAAACAAACAACAAAACAGAUAACUUGAUGAAAUAUCUAGAUCGGAGGAACAGGUAGCACAGAUAGUCAAGCAGGCCGCCUGAGGCCUCCGAACAACGAAACACAAUCUCGUCACGAUUGUCUGCACAUCGUACUGCAGUCAUUUGAUUGCCGCAACCACAGAUACAGGAACUUCUUAAUAGUCCUAUCUGUUGUAGUCGCUCAACAAUCACCUCUUCUCUAAAAUCUGCUGUAAAACAACCGUAUGUGAGCUUCACUUAUUGAACUUAGCGCCAUGACCUUGAAAUUCCUAAAACUCUUCUGAUUAGUUCGUCCAUAAAUUAUAGUGUCGGCGUAUUAUAAUGUAAAUAGUUAUAAUGAUUUCAAUCGUGUGGAGUGUUUACGGAAUUCCAUUCAAGUUCGUAGCAAUUCUCUGAACUCUAUUUGUGCACUUUCUUUCUGGAAUAAUGAAAACUACAUUUUUCUCUGACCACAUUUACAUUUUAAAAUGUUUAAUUCGUUUAUACAUGCCAGAGAUAAUGAUUAACCUAAGCAGAAAUUUAUCAUCACCCCAAUCUAUUUAUCAAUGUAUUGAUUGGUUUUUAUAUUUUAUAUCAACCAUUUACACAAUUUUUAUAUUAGGACCAAUUUUAAAUUGUUUCUCGUUAUACCUUGGUGGUCGGAAAAAUUUCGGCCGAACUCUAGUCGCAUUAGUAUUAACUUAUUUAUGCUUGAUUCUAUGUUUAUUGUAUACAGUUUUGAUACCACGUCGUCUUUUCAUUUUGAAUUCAUGUUAUUUAUAUAGUGGAUAUAAUUCGAUCAAGUGUAGUUUACGUACUGAGGGUACAUGGUUUUCGUUACAUUUUACAUUAAGUCAUCUAAUCAUCGUCAAUAUUUAUUUCCAUUAUUUAUCUGCUGUUUUCAUUAAUCCCGGCAAUGUACCACGAAUUCCAUAUAAUACUACUAGUACUAUGUGUUCACGAUGUUUUGUAUCACGUCCAAUAAGAGCACAUCACUGUGCUAUAUGUAAAACAUGUAUAUUAUGUAUGGAUCAUCAUUGUCCAUGGACAGCUAAUUGUAUUGGUUUGUAUACACAUCGCCAUUUUUAUUUAGUAUUGAUAUUUAUGAGUAUUGGUGGGAUAUAUUUGAUAACUGUUGGUUGGUCAGACUUUCGAAGCUACUUAGUGGAAAUUAAUGAAAAUCAAAUCAAUACCACUGUAAAGUAUUCAUCGAUUUGGUUCAACUAUAACACAUAUUUACCAUCGAAUAAAUUAUUCAUUCCAUUGUUCAAAGGAUGUUUCAUUUUCAGUGUAAUUGCAGUUCCUUUAGUAAUUGCUCUAUGCAUUUGGCAUACAUAUUUAAUUAGUAAUGGUGAGACAAGUAUUGAACGACAUAUUAAUGCAAAAUUCACUAAAAUAUUAAAACAACGUGGAGUGAUUUAUCGUAAUCCGCAUGAUUUUGGUAUAUUUUUAAAUUGGAUAAAAUUUCUAUGCCUUAUUGAUAAGCAUGAAAUGGCUAAUUAUCAUGUCAAGAAAAAAUCAUUUCGUUUAUAUUUUGUACUUUGUAAAAGGUUUUUUAAUCGUAUUCUAUUACCUUCCUAUCAUAAACCUUAUGAUGAUGGUUUUAACUAUGAAUUAAGUUUGAAUACUGCUGAGUCAGUUUUAGAAUCUUUAUCAGAGUCUGGAAUGUUUUAAUGUACUUUUCGUCUUUGUAAUUCUUAGGUCUUGUUUCGCGUCUUUUUAAAACUCUAUAUUUCUCUUUGUUUUCUAUUUCGUGGUAUAUUACUUAUUACUGUUCAAGCAGUAUAAGUGUAUACGUUGUCGUUACGGGCAGUAUUUGUGAAAAAUAAUGUAUUCUGUCAGUUUAUGUUCCAUUUGCUUUUAAUUCGCGACAGCAGUAUAGGGUGUUGUGUCGAGUGCAUUCUACUCCUUGUCAGUAACGGAGAGCUACGUUACAGGAUGCUAUUGUUAACAAGUCACACAUUAUGUUCACUAAAGUUGGUCUAAGUCAUCUGUAAUGUAAUAUAAUAUUUUCAACGGAGUAACGCGUUGAAGGUUACCAAAUCGUCUGUUAUCUGGGAAACAUCUUGUAAUCUCGACCACCCUCAGAUGUUGAACAUUAAAACGUUGAGUGAAAAAAAAUCUCCAGCUAUUGAAUGUUGUUGUACGUGAUGAGAUUUGAAAAGCAGAUGUAUUAGGUAACCCUUAAAAAAAUCUGACUCGCAAAUGUAAAAGGUAUUAAACAGUUAGCUAUUAAUUAGAUUAUUUUAGAAAAAGACGAGACAGUGAUCCACUCACAAUUCAUUAAAGCCAGAACGGAUAGAACACUUGCAGAAAUAGUUAAAUCUCCCUCCAGCUACUCUCGUGUUACCCAAUAUUUCCAAACAAUCGGAAUGGGAAAUCGAUACAAAUUUAGAAACACCAUAUUUAAUCUCAAGCGUGGGAGAGCUAAAUGAUCUGUGAAUUAACCUUGAACAUGGCGACAUAGUUUUAGUAGUUCAUUUGACUAAAAAUUAAGUUUGGAAGCUGGACAUUAUCUAGCCUAACUGGUCUCAAUUUUUGAUCGUAAAAUAUGUAGGAAUCUUUUUGUAAUCCUCACAAACGAAUUAGUUUGACCAAUACAAUACCCAAAAUAUCAACCUUCGUAGUCGCUGAACGUAUGAACAGAGAUUAUAAAUAGCAAAUAUGAGAAAAACAGGCCGAUCGUAGACCUGAUCUUGAGUUUAUUGAUCAAGUUAUUACAUUCUGGUAAGCUUUAAAACAUGCGGAAAUCGAUGCUCGAUGAUAACCAUAUUACUUGACCUCAAAACAGCAUUCGAUUCCGUUGAUAGAGAGGUUGUGUCGCAACAUAUUUCACGGAAAUGUGCACUGAGAAAGUAGGAUAACUUUCCGACGCUUCAUUUUUUGGAAACUUAUGUUCGAAUCAGAGCUUCUAAUUAACUAACAUCCUAAAUGGUAACCCCAACUGGUGCUCGUUAGGGCGACCCAUUGUUCUUAGUUUUGCCUAAUUUCGUUGAAUAUAUUCCUUUAGGAAUGAUA